AUGGCUCCUUGGAUCCUCGGCGAGAAGUUCAACACCGUUUACCCCCACAAGGGCUCUAUCAAAGCUCUCUGGGAAACGAAGUGGAAGUUUGCAUGUGAAAAAUCAGUCUAUCCGUUUCACGACGGUGCCAUCGAAGACUUUCGACCUAUCUUCCAAAAGCUUAUCGAUGAAAAUAUCAACGAUGCCUACACCGAUGCCUACACGCAGGCUUUCUUCCCGGUUGCUGAGGCACUCGAAAAUAAGGCGUCAGCUGCUUUGAACAACAACAAUGUGGAGAUGGCAUCUGACUUGCUCCGAAGAGCUGCUGUGGUCUACCGUAUCUCCCGCUUCCCAUAUGUCGACCCGACCAGAGAAGACAUCAAAAAAGAGGCCUUCAACCGCCAGAAGAAGGUCUAUCUGAAGGCAGCAUCCUUCUGGAAGCCCACCAUCCAGGAGGUCAUCAUCCCGCACAAGCAUAAGUCGGCCACCGACGGAGCCUAUGUUCCCCUUUUUGUUCGUGUCCCGGAACAUGCGACGGCGGAGAACCCCGUCCCAGUUGUAGUUCUAAUGACUGGUCUGGAUGGAUACCGUCCCGACAACAGUCAGCGUACGCAUGAGAUCAUCAACCGGGGUUGGGCAACAGUUAUCUGUGAGAUCCCCGGUACCGCGGACUCGCCUGCCGAUCCCAGCGACCCCGAAUCGGCGGACCGUCAGUGGACUACCGUUCUCGACUACAUGGCGACUCGUCCGGAGUUCGACAUGUCCCGGGUUGCUGCCUGGGGUCUAAGUGCUGGUGGGUUCUACGCCAUCCGGGCUGCACAUACCCACCGUGAUCGCUUCGUGGGAACUCUCGCCCACGGACCGGGCUGCCAUUACUUCCUGGACCCCGAGUGGUUGAGCCGUGUUGAUGACCACGAGUACCCAUUCCUGCUCACCCCUGCCUGGGCCAAGAAGUACGGCUACUCCAACCCGGAGGAUUUCAAGAAGCAUGGCCAGAAGAAGUUCUCUCUUCUAGAGACGGGCAUCUUGGAUCAGCCUAGCUGCAGACUGUUGCUGCUCAACGGUGUGGAUGAUGGCGUCACCCCCAUCGAAGACUGCUUGAUGCUCUUCAAUCACGGAAGCCCCAAAGAGGGAAGAUUCUUCCAUGGACUACCCCACAUGGGAUACCCUCACAGUCUGGUCCCGUCGUACAAGUGGUUCGAGGAUGUUCUGCGCUCGCCCCAAGAGCCUCUCAAGAACUGA